AUGCGAGACAGCCACUUCGAUGUCGAGGCUCCACAUGGCCUUUUGCUUCCGGUUUCAAACCUGUGCAGUCGUACACAGUUCCCUCCCUAGCACCAGCAGACAAUGGCAGCGCCAAUGAUGCAGGAGAAAGUGUGGUUUGACAAGUGGCGCUUUGAUGAUGCUGAGCGCAUGUACCAGGAGAAACUGGCCGGCACCGCUGGUGCUCAGACGGGAGGUGCCAAGGCUAGUCCCACUAAGACAGGUGGACAACAGGGGUCUAAGCACAGUGAACUAGUGGAUCAGAUUAUACAAGCUAGGCAGAGAAUUCAAAACACAUUAAAGUCAGAUGGAUCUGCUGUAAGCGGAGACUCGGCCAUGCUCGGUAGAAUAGAACAUCUGGAGAAAGUGACCCAGGACCUCCAGGCCAUGGUCACAAAACUGACCUCCAGAAUCUCUGCCCUGGAAANGGUCAAGUGA